AUGGAUGAAGUGGGGGACCAAGAAACGCAUGAAGCUUCUACACAAGAUGUGCAACCAGCUGUACAUGUCACUCACGGGCCAAGCAAGUACUUGGAUAUUUGGGAUCUUCCUGAUGAAGAAGAAAUUGAGUUGCCGCUAAAUAGUAUGCUUCAGCCGGUUGAUGAUGGGGCGAGGACUUUCACUGGUUUCUUGGGUACGAUUGCACGGAAACUCCACAUGUGCCCGAUUAGAUUUCUUAAUUGGAAGGACAUGCCAGAAGAAUUUAAAGAAGAGUGUUGGCGUGUUGUAGAGCAAAAAUAUUGUGUCCUUGUUAAUCCUAUUGCAUAUGCGGCUCUGAAGACAUUUACUUUACAAAAAAUUGGGAAGACUUGGAGGGAUCAUAAGUCUAGGCUGAAGAAACAACAUUAUAUACUUGAUUCAAGAAACAAAGCACGAGUAAAGAACAACGAACCCAAUGGAUGCAUAACACAAGAUUGGGAAAUACUUAUUGAUCAUUGGUAUACUGAUGAUGCAGUGAUAGAGUCAAAGAAGAAUAAGGAGCUUCGUUCUAAACAGGAUGACUUACAUACUACUGGUUCUUGUAGCUUUGCUGUGCACGCUGCAAAAAAAGCAAAAACAGAUGGACGUCCUGUAAAGCGUACAGUAUUAUAUCCAAUACUACAUACUCAUAAAGAUGGAUCUGCAGUUAAUCUUGUAGUGAAAGCAAAAAUGUCAUCUGACACAAGUGGUAGUAUUGCAUGGUCAACAGAUGAUGUGUUUGCCAAAGUGAUGGGUAAGGAGUGCAAAGGUUGUAUUCGUGGGGUAGGAUUUGGUCUAAGCCCAAGUGGUCGAAGUAGCAAGAGUGCUCUCACGGACAUUGAAAUACACUCAAGUCAAGCAAGGGACUACGAAGUUGCACAACUAAAGACUUCCUUGGCUACUAUGGAGGAUAAACUUGCAAGUUUUGACGAAAUGAAGGAAAGAUUUAGUCAAUUCGAAGAAAUGAAGCAAAGAAUGACUUGCAUGCUCCAACAAAUGCAACAAAUUUCUUCCCAAUGA